AUGUCAAUCGCUCCACAACAACCUGCAGAACUGAAAAAGAAGCCAGUGUCUUUUUCCAACAUCUUGUUGGGUUCGGCAUUGAACCUUUGCGAGGCUACCACGCUGGGUCAGCCUCUGGAGGUGACCAAAACAACCAUGGCUGCCAACCGUAACUUGAACUUUCUGCAGUCUGUGAAGCACAUCUGGGCCCGUGGUGGUGUUUUCGGGUUUUAUCAAGGUCUUAUCCCUUGGGCCUGGAUCGAAGCUUCCACGAAAGGUGCAGCUCUGCUGUUUGUCUCCGCUGAAGCCGAAUAUCAAUUCAAAAGACUUGGUUUGGGUAACUUUGGUGCUGGUAUUAUGGGUGGUGUUUCCGGUGGUGUUGCACAGGCUUACUUGACCAUGGGUUUCUGCACAUGCAUGAAGACUGUCGAAAUUACCAAAGUCAAGUCUGCUGUCGCUGGUGCCAUUCCACAAUCUUCGUGGUCUGCAUUUAAGGAGAUUUACCAGAGAGAGGGUAUUAGAGGUAUCAACAAGGGUGUCAACGCUGUCGCUCUUAGACAAAUGACCAACUGGGGGUCUCGUUUUGGUUUCUCUAGAUUGGUUGAAGACGGUAUUAGAAAAUACACAGGCAAGACUAACCCAGACGAAAAGCUAACAGCGCUUGAGAAGAUUUUUGCCUCUGCUAUUGGUGGUGGUUUGAGUGCUUGGAAUCAACCCAUCGAGGUUAUCAGAGUAGAAAUGCAAUCUAAAAAGGACGAUCCAAAGAGACCCAAGAACUUGACGGUAGCCAAAGCUUUCAAAUAUAUUUACCAAUCCAGCGGUAUCAAGGGUCUAUACCGUGGUGUAGCACCAAGAAUCGGUCUAGGUGUUUGGCAAACAGUUUUCAUGGUCGGUUUUGGCGACAUAGCUAAAGAUUUCGUGGGUAAAAUGACUGGGGAAACACCUGUCGCUAACCACUGA